UAAUUUUCUUCUAUCUGCCUUGGACAAUGACCUGAUGGUUAAUCAUCAUUGUACUGAUAAAAAAGAAAAGCCAGCUCGCUAUUUAAAAACAGACUAACAACAGGUAAAGGGCUGGUCUUCCUGAUGCUGCUGUGGGAUUCUGAGUUCAGGUCAUCAUUUUGAACAAAACAUCUGCAACAACUGAAAAUAGUCACAUGACAUGAAUAGUUCAAUGAUGGACCCAAAUCAGCCUUUGAAUAAGGCGGCAAAGGCACCGCCAUCCAGGAAAAGGAGGAGGAGAUGCUGGGACAGCUUCAAGACUUUCUUAGCAGCCCUCUCACUCAGCUUUAUCGCUAAGGCAAUGGGCGGCAUGAUCAUGAAAAGUUCCAUCACCCAAAUAGAAAGGAGAUUCGACUUAUCAUCCUCUGUUGUUGGCAUAAUUGAUGGAAGCUUUGAAAUUGGAAAUUUGCUUGUGAUUUUAUUUGUGAGCUACUUUGGAUCCAAACUACACAGACCAAGGAUAAUUGGAAUCGGUUGCCUCAUUAUGGGUAUUGGAAGUAUUGUGACUGCUUUACCACAUUUCUUCAUGGGCCAUUACAGGUACUCUAAAGAAACCUAUAUUAAUCCAUCAGAGAAUUCAACAUCAAGCUUAUCGACCUGUUUAGCUAAUCAAAGUGUGUUACUCAAUAAAACAUCACCUGAGGUAGAGAAAAAAGGUUUGGAAAAGGAAUCUGAAACAUAUUUGUGGUUGCUUGUCCUAAUGGGUAACAUGCUUCGUGGAAUUGGAGAAACCCCCAUACAACCCUUGGGGAUUGCUUACUUGGAUGAUUUUGCAAAAAAAGGAGAUUCUUCUCUUCAUUUAGGUGGUUUAUUUGCAGUCACAAUGAUUGGUCCAAUCCUCGGCCUAACACUGGGAUCUCUCUUUGCUAAAAUAUAUGUGGAUUUUGGAUAUGUAGACCUGAGCAGUAUAAGAAUAACUCCUAAGGACUCCCGUUGGGUUGGUGCUUGGUGGCUUGGCUUCCUGACCGCUGGACUAUUUUCUAUUAUUACUUCCAUACCAUUUUUUUUCUUGCCCAAAAAUCUGGAUGAGCCACAGAAAGAAAGGAAAGGUUCAGCAUCAUUGCAUGUACUCAAAAUAAAUGAGGAAAAGAGUCAAGUGGCUAGUCCAGUUGACCAUAGGAAAAAUGUGACUGAAAAUUUAACUGAUUUUUUCCAGUCCUUGAAAAGCAUCCUUACCAAUCCCUUAUAUGUUUUGUAUUUGUUGCUGACAUUGGUGCAAGCCAGUGCCUAUAUUGCUAUUGUUACUUAUGUCUUCAAAUACAUAGAACAACAAUAUGACAAGUCAGCCUCUGAAACAAACUUGGUGAUUGGAGCUAUAACCCUUCCAUCUCUUGCAACUGGAAUGUUUACAGGAGGAUAUAUCAUUAAAAAAUUCAAAUUUACCUUGCUUGGAAUUGCCAAAUUUUUAUUUUGUAUCAAUAUUGUGAUCUUCACACUACACCUCUUUAAUUUUGCACUCUUCUGUGAAAACAAACCAGUUGCCGGUCUAACCUUGACCUAUGAUGGAAAUAAUACAGUGGCAUCUCACAUAAAUGUACCACUUUCUGAUUGCAACUCAAAUUGCAAUUGUGAUGAAAGCCAGUGGGAACCAGUCUGUGGGAGCAAUGGAAUAACUUACAUGUCCCCUUGUCUAGCAGGAUGUAAAUCUUCAAGUGGUAAUAAAAAGCCUAUGGAAUUUUAUAACUGUAGUUGUGUGGAAGCAACUGGUUUCCAGAACAAAAACAUCUCAGUAAAACUGGGUAUAUGCCCAAAAGAUGAUCAGUGUACACGAAAAUUUUAUAUUUAUAUGGCAGUGCAGAUCCUGAGUUCUUUUACCACAUCAUUGGGAACCGCCUCAAGUAUCAUGAUGGUUUUUAAAAAUGUUCAACCUGAACUCAAAUCCCUUGCGGUGGGUUUCCAUUCACUGACUAUACGAACACUAGGAGGAAUUCUAGCACCUGUAUACUUUGGGGCUCUGAUUGAUAGAGCGUGCAUGAAGUGGUCCAUCAACAGCCAUGGGAAGCAAGGUUCUUGUAGGAUAUAUAAUUCCAAAUUAUAUGGAAAACACUACUUUGGCUUGAUUGGAUGCUUCAAAUUUACAACAGUUAUUUUGUAUAUUGUAUUUAUUUAUGUUAUGAAAAAAUAUCAAGAAAAAGAUACCAGUGCAUCAGAAAAUGGAAGAAAAGCUGAGAAUGAAGUGAACUUAGAAUUCUUAAAUAAUGAUGGACAUUCCAUACCUUCUGCCAGAGCAGGCAGUGAACCCUAUAUGUAAAAGGAGGGGGGAAAAAAAGCCUUCUGUUGCUGUGUUUCAACCAAUGCUGUACUAAUUUAAUAGGAUAUUAUUUUUUAGCAUUUUCUUGUCCUUUUACUGACUAUUCCCACACUCAUUACACAUGAUGGGACAAUGAAUUACCUAUGAAUUUGUAAUAAUGAAACAAACUAUAAAUGAAAAUGAAUGGGAAAA